UGCACGUGUGUGUGUGCACGUGUGUGUGUGUGUGUGUGUGUGUGUGUGUGUGUGUGUGUGUGUGUGUUUGUAUUAGCUGGCCUUCUUUGUGCACUAUUUAGGUGAUUUGGUGUUGGUGAAUCAGGAGGUUGUUAUAGUGAAUGUCAGCAAGCACACACACUGCUGCAGUGCAGCUAAUAGAGUAUUUGGUCAAUAAGUAGUUUGUUCAUAGUGCUGUGCUUUGAACACUGCGGACUGGCAGAGAAGGGUUUGAAAAAGUAAAAUGCCUCUUCUCUAUAUGGAUUUAGACUAACUGUAAAUAACUGUUUCUCAGCAUUAUAGAAUUUCUAUUUUGUGACUUUAACUUUAAGUCUGAUAUAUCAGAGUUUAAAAUUCUGCACUUCUGUGUGACUUAAUACCAGUUUGUAUCUAUAAUGUGUGACACUGACAUAUUUCAACCGUACACAAAACAAUAUUUUUCUUGAAUUGCAACUGUUUGACAAAGACUUUAAACUGGUAACAAUACAAUGUGCCUCCGGGGCAAUGGGGCAGAAUCAGAGUCAGUGAGGCAAAAAUUGCACCGUGAGCUGCAUUUCCAACUGCGGGCCAAGACUCCCUGGCACAGCUCCUUUCGCUCUUGUCAUUUGUCCUAGAACAUGACGAGACUGGUUCAGAGCCAUGUGUGGCUUUGAUGUGGAUUGGUUCAGGCUACAGUCACUAUUCUUAAGUAUAUGGGUCAAACCUGGUUCUUCCAUGUUGAUAAAGGAAGCUAGUUUUAUUUGUGAGCUUGUCGUCUGACCUGGUUAUCUAUAUGCAUUAUAGCUAACACAGAAAUUGUAAAAAAGUUGUAUUCCUUUUCUGUCUCACUCCUAUCUCCUCCGUGCCUGGUAUUGUGUGAGCAGUGCUGACCCUUUCUCCUUCCCACCACUCGUUAUAUAAGCAGCUUCAUUACUCUUAGUUCAUUGACUCACGGCUGUGUGGAUGAGUCCUAUAGGUUGGACCUUGCCACUCUCACUUUAGUAUCACUCCACUGCAGCUGAAUCAAGGCCUCUCUAUGUGGGUAUGGGUCUACUUCUGUGGGCAUUAGCAACAUUGCAUUAAUGAAAACAAUUUGCACAAACUAUCUUCAUGUGUCAUUUUAAAUCCAUGCUAGAUAAUAUGAGCUUCGCUUAGGGAGCUGCAUUAUGCCAAUGUGCUCUCUUCUUUUAUUUUUGAAUGAACACACAUCUUAAUAAUGUCAUAAUUUACCUGCAAUUAUAUUAUGAAUACAAUUAAAGAAAAACACAUCUGUCUGUCUGAUGUAAUAACCAGUGCUUGAUAGCUUUGCUAAGUGCAGUUAAGACAAGUGUUACGUUUAAAUAGUAGUUUAUUUUCUGAAUCAACAGAGACCAGAACAGAUGUAGGUCUGCACUGCACUUGGCAUCGGUGCUCAUACAGCCACAACAUCUGCUGCUGUGCUUAGGUCAUCAGUGCAUGCCUGGAGGAUUGAACUGACUGAGCAGCCAGCGCAAGACUGCAUGCAAGACAGACAGCUAUUAAGUGGGGAAACAAGUGAAGACACAGUUGGUUGAAAGUCUCCUUUAUGGUCAUCCUGUUGCAAACGUAAGAGCAUCCAGUGUCCUGAGAUCUAGAUUUGUGGGAUGGGGUUGUGAUCUCUGAUUGAUAGAAUGUUUGAAUGCGUGAGGGAAAUCCAGAGUGAGCUGUUUAGACAUUGGAUGCAGCCUUACUAAGAGGAUUGCCUUCUUACAGCAGUAUCCCUGCACUGCUCCCUGCACUGCUCCCUGUGGAGUAGGGGGUAUAAGGCCACAGUUGCUAUACACUUGUCUGAUUAAAUACCGUAUGUUGUAUUCAUUUCUGGCCAUGCAGAAAUGGAUGGGAUCAGAUGUUGGCUGUUAGAUGGAUCCAGUCUCUAGCUGCAGGGUUCCUCUUCCCCCUGUGGCUAUUUCCCCCCACUAAGCAUCUUGGGUAAUUGCUUUGCCUUGUGCAUUCUUAUUUCUCCAAACGCUGUCUGUUUGGGUUUUCACAAUAAUAAAUCUGUUUAGUAUGCUUAUGUGUUUUUAUGACUUCUUCAAUGUAGCCACAACACAGUACUGUUGACUUGUCUUUUCCUUAAAUUUUUCCGUUUUCUGUCAGCAAGGCUGUUGAGUGUCUGGUCAGAUACAAGGCUUUCACUACAACAAAACUGUAUGAAAAAUACAGAAACUAAUUUGUAUAUAUUUUCAAGUCUCUUUAGGUGUAUAUUAAAGUAAUUGAGUAAAUCUGGUCAAACAAAAAAAAUUGCUUGUUGAUUUUUAACAAUUGCUUAAGACAAGCAAACUGUAGUCUUUUUUUUCUUGAAAGAUACCAUUUCAGUGAUAAAUAAUUGUACUAGAAAACAUCCAUUUGUAUUAAAACAGGAUAAUUUAGUCAGUAUUUUAAUUAGAGAAAUAUAUUUCAUUCUGUGGCCUUUGGGGCAUGCACAGGGAGUCACUAUGCUGAUGUAAAGUGCAUGUGGUUACACAACACUGAUAUGAUUAUGUAGAUACAGAGAGAAAGUAGUUUUUAAACACAAAUUUAAAGCUACAGCCUGAAAUGUCUUAUCCGUUUUCUUCUCAUUUUUGAAAUGGUCUGAGCGUCAUUUGGCUCCUUCUGGUCAUCUUCUGGAGUGUGAACCAGUGAGCUGCUCAGUACAGUGGGUGAGUCAUCUCAUCCCACAUGUAGCUUUUCAUUUUGUAAAGUUGGUCCGCUGUGUUUAUUUUUAGGCAAACCAUCUGUCGUGAAAAAUCAGGGACUUUGGCAUUUAGGGUUAAAGCUAUUAUUCUAUCGUGACAUUUGUGACUCCCUGUAACCACACUUGAGCUGUGUAUGUUUACAUGUGUACCGAUCGCUAAAUAUGUUUCCAGGUUUCCCGCCAUCUUAUCUUGUGGGUGCAGUGUAUGAAUAAAACAAUGAGACCAGGGUGUGGAAGAUGAGUGUUAAUGCUGUAAGCCUGACUCAUAUCCCACUUUCUCCUCCCACCGACUGGCUCCCUCUCUCCUUCUUCCCCUGCCUUUGUUCUCGUUAUCACUACUAUGCUCCAGCCCGGUGUGCUUUCCUUCUCAUCUUCACCUUUUUCUGGUUCCUUUUCAUUUGCUGGUUUCUUCAGUCCAUCUCUUUGUUUUCAAAUCUCUUCUUCUAUCUCAUUCUUGCACAAAGAAUCUCUUUCUGAUUUUCUUCAUCUCUGUCCUCCCACGCAUCCUGAUUUCCUCUAGCUGGUACUCUCUCUUAUGCCCCCUCCUGUCUCUUUGUGUAAUUACAAGAUGAUAGAAAAUGGCUGACAGCUUUUGGAGGCUGUGUUAUUCUCUAACCAAUCUUUUUCAUGUUUUUUUUUCUUAGUUAAGUUGUUAAUUACUAAUGGAAAACAUAGCUUUGCCCAUUAGCCUUCAUCCGAUCAAGCUCCCUCCUUUCUCCUUUCUCUUUCUGACCACAGAGACAGCCUCUCCUCUCACCUCCUCUCUCUGUAUAAUCUGGAGCUGUGUGUAGAGCCGAAUAUGUCAGAGCACCUUUCUCUUUCUCUCAGUCUUAUGACAUCAAUUGUGAUUCGCUACUUCAUUUGCUGCAUGAUAAUCAGAUAUACGGAUAAGGCACAGUUUAAAUUCAAAAAUGGCUUUUUAUAAAUGGUACUUUCACCCCCUAUUUUUCUAACUAAUGUGUCUACUGGUUAUCACACUUAAAUGUUCCAUUUUUUAACAUAUCUAACUGCUUUUAAGAAAACCAACUUGACUCAAAUUAAUUUGUCUGGGUUUAUGUUGGUGAGGUCACAACAAAAAGUGACACUCUCUGUUUUAUUAGGGUUGCAGUUAGUAAAAUGACUGUUUCAGGUAAGAGUAGGGUUGUUGUUGUUUUUUUGGUUCAUGUGAGGGUGCGUUUUGGUCAAAGUGUUGCUUUGUUUGUCGUACUGUACAAAACAACUCCACAAGGUCCUCUCCUUUUCAUAUAAUAAGACAAAGACUUAUCUAAAAAAUGAUUGCUGUAAGAUAAGGCUAAUUGUGUUUUAGUUUCAUUGCAAUAUUGUUCUUCAUGUUGGUUGAUUUGAUGAUAUGCGCUAUACGCACUGAGCAACGAGGGUCAACUUGCAUCACACGCACUAUAUACAUGUUGUUAUGUAUUGUUAACUGACCCUUGUGCUGACAGUGCUCAUCUUAUCAUGUCUCAUUAAAAGAUACAGCUCUGCUGUUUCCUGGUGUGCUGUGGCUUCAGUUUGUGUGUGUAUGUGAGGCCUGCACGAUGAGUGACCAUGAUAACUAUUGACAAUUACAUAUUGUUUUCAAGAAACAGUAAUAGUAUUGCAGUACAUAAACAUAGUUCAAUUGAUAAUAAUUUAGUGCUUUAUCAUUUUGGGACUCAAGCACAAUUCUGUGGACACCUUUAUAAUACAUCUUUAUCUGAUUUGAGGGUGUCUCCACAGGUUCGGGGAUGAUGCUUGUUGUGGAAUUAAACAUAACAUAAAUUUUCAGGCCUGCUUUCUUGUCCCGAUUUUCAAAUUUCAUGUAUGUAAGGUUGCUCACUUUCCGAUGGUGACUUUUCCUGCAUUUUAACAUUAGUUUUGGUCAUAUGUGUGCAUGUGACAACUUCAAAGACACUUGCACUGUUAGGGUAAUGGAAACUAUAGCAAAUAAUGAAUUGAACGCUUAAUUUCAUUUAUGAUGUACUUGUAGUUGCAAUCUCUGCAGUCACUCUCACGUCAUGUCAUUUUGGAUGUACAGUCCAGGUUUCAGUGCAAUGCUGUUUGUGUCACAUCAUAAGUUGCUGUGUUUAGUCUGAUGCUUUAGAGAUCAGUGGGGUUUAACAGCAGAUAACAAGAUCAGGUGCUACAUGAUACAUUGAAUAGGAAAACUACAUUUUUCAUGGACACCAAACUGAAUCUUCCAUGGUAGACACUGGGCUAGAUAAUCUAUGCAUCACAUUACAGAUAAUGAAGUGAGAACCUGCUUAAUGUGAGUAUAAAAGGAGCAAAGCAGAGACUACAAAACCGUUAAAAAACAUGAUACCAAAAUAACAAGGAGAUUGGUCUGCUGGUUUACAGACUACUGUAAACGGGUCUUUGCGAUAAGACUGCAGUAUAAUUGUUCCCUAAACACUUGUUUACUCCCUAAUGUUCAUCUUAAUCCGCAUACACUUUGCUUUGUCCUCUAACUGAGAACUAGAGUAGUAGACUGUGCUGGUGGUGCUUCUUAUGGUGCAAAUGUAUAUAUGUAUGAAGUAUAAGAAAAAAUACACUCAGUGACCAGUAAAAUAGAAAUACCUGUACAAUGUAAUGUAACCCUGCAAUAAAUAUCAUCUUUCUGGAACCAGCAGAUUUCCAUGCACUGUGUGGAAAUUAGUCACAACACAUUGUCAGUGUUCCUUCAGGUGCUUUAAAUAGGAACUUCCUGUCAAAGCCUUCUUUCCAUUCUGUCAUAAAUGUCAGUAUUCCCAGUUGCCCUAGAUUAAGGCUUCUGGCUGUAAAGUAAUAAUUAUACUAUGUUGCUGCUCUAAUGCGAUUAGGUGGAAUCGUCUUAAUAAUGCCAUGAAGGGUCUUUGAAAAGGAAACAGCACACAGAGUAAACGAGGAUGCCACUCACACUUAAAUUCCAGGCUAAUGUCCAGGAUCCAUUUUAUUUUUUACCUUGUGUUCUUUUAUUGUUGUUUAUUGUGUUUUUGCGUUGGCCUGAUUGAGUGGAAUACUAACCCUCAUUUAUAUAUCUGUAAACUUUGCAAAAUAUAUAUAAUUUUGGGUGCUGUCGCAUUGCAUCAUACUGAGAGGUGUUUCUAAUGUUUACUCUAACCAAAUACCAAAAUGCUGUUGACCCAACAGCACCACAAAGCAUCCAAAAGACCAUUAAGAUGAAGCAACACCUCUCAAAUAAUUUCACCAAAACUAAUAUAUAAUAUUAAUAUAAUAUAAUAACCAUCAUGAAGGCAGGCUUUAUAUUGCAGGGCUGUUGCAUCAGUGUAUUCGUUUUAACUGGGUGAACCUAAACUGGCAACUGAGUGUAUACUCCCUCUAUCUCUCUCUAUCACGCACACACACCAACCAAAUGACCAGACACAUACAAGCUAUAAUGCACACUCAUGGUGCACUUAACAUCCUCACCACAUUAUAACAACCUUCUGUUGCUACACAUGCUAAGGCGAUGCCCAUGUAGCUGCUUAAGUUUUUAUGCUGUUUAAGUUUUGAUGCUGAUAAGAGUGGAAGAUGGUGUUUGCUAUUCUCGGAGACCGGCAGCCACAGAGCCCAAGCUUAAAUCAUUGGUAGGCAAGUCAUUAUUUUAUAAAUAGUCAUCUUCAUCUUCUGUGGAAAGUGGAGCAACCUCACAAAACCAUUUCAGUCGUUUCCAACGUCAGAUUCUCUGCAGGGCAGCACACUCCUCUAUUAUUCAGACCCUUUUUUUUUUUUAAAGAAAUGGGCCAAGCCCUUGCGCAGCAGGCCUGCACCUGCAGUGCACUUCACAUGCAGCACCGCAUGCUGCAUAUUCUGUACUGCAUGACUGAUAAGAAACUAAAAAUAGGCAUUACACAUGGCUACAAUGAUAUAUACGGGUACAAUUUGCUGAUGCUUGGGGACUAUAUAUGAGACACCAAAGUGUGGAUAAACUGCUUUACAGUUGCCCUUGAAAUGUGAAUGAUGUAAACUAUAUAUGCAAGUGCUUCAUAAAAGGACACAGCAUAUUCUGCAUAACCGUCAUUUGUGGCUGAUGUAAUUCUCUCUCUUUUUUUCCCUCUUUGUUUUGAUAUGUAUCAAGCUGGAUGUGAAUGUGCAGGUAUUGUUAGGUGCAUCCAGAUCUCCUUCCCAAUCUGGGAGACUUGACAUUUUAAUUUCCGCAGGCAGAGGAGAUGUGUGACAGACACCGAGGCUGCUAGUGUAGCUGAACCACUGAUACCAUUUUUUUGGAGUGGGUGAGCGUGCUAAUCUAAUAUAAGGCUUUAAAGCACGGCCUGCGUCUGACAUCAGUGUGUGUCUGAGUGUGCAUAUGGAAACUGCUAUCGAGAACAAAGACCAGGGUGAAUAAGCUCCCCCUGGUGGCAAAAUAUGGAAAUGACAUGGGAUAAUCUUGUGCCUUAUGUGUGUCUGUGUGUCAAUACAUUCAAUUAUUUAGCUUGUUGCCACUCUGUAUGUGGCAGUGUAUUGACUGGUAUAGUUAUUGAGUUUCUGUGUCAGUAUUGAUCCAUGGAUAGCGAGUCCUGUCCCAUUUUACGUUGUGAUUAAAGCCUAACAGUCCCUGCCCUCUUCCCCAGUGAAGUGUUUGAUUGACAAAUCUAGGUUAUCCAUCCCCGACUAUAAAAAUAGAUUUAUUCUUAAUCCCACAAAAAAUGUUUAGGUCAUGCAGUUUAUCUGUGUUAGUGGGAAACAGAGAAAGAGAAUAGGAGAUAAAAAGAGUGUACAGGGAGCAUGUGUCCAUGGCCAUAUUAAAUGUUUGUAUAAAGUGCGUGAAUGUUCACAAUGUGGAAAAUAUAUGUAUUUUAGUUGACUACAACCGGCAGUUUUGCAUUUGCCUGGUUGUGAUUUGAAAAAAAAACAAAUGUAUGCCCUGUCCUUGUCAUCAGUACAGAGUGUUCAUAAAGAGGGGUGCGGUGGAGGAGGGUGUGGGGAGGGGCACUGAUGGGGGCUGCAUCUGCGUCACCAUGGAUACAAGAGGGGAGAUCGUGAAUCUAUUAUGGGUGCACCCUGUGGAAGCAGCGAUCUAUCAAACACUGCCUUUGUCUCUAUGCACUGUUGAGCCAAUCACAGUGUCCAUUACAGUCAAGUGAUUCUAGUUGACCAAUCAGAUUUUCAUGCUACCUUCGCUGUUAUCAAAGCUUGUUGUACAUCCUGUUGUAUUGACAGUAUUAAUUAAUGGUCUGUUGCAGCCACCUUGUGUCUGUUGCAGCACAAGGUGUUUGCUGGAUUACAAUAAGUCACAUUCUCAAUGAGCAACAAUUAACUAUAUAUGGAAUUCAUGCACACACACGUUUCUCUUGUGUCCUCUCUCUCACCAGUUCUAUUACUCGCCAUCACACCUCUCUUACACAUGAGAAACUCACAAACCCUGAUGAUUCCCUCCUGCGGUUAAACUCUACACAGACACACUGUGAUUCAUGCUGUACAGAUUCAUUGCUUACCAUGAACCGUAAAUUCACUGUUAAAGGUUCAAUGACUGAAAUUGUAAUUGCAUAGCUCAAUAAUGAUGAAGGGUAUUUUGGGUUUUAAGAACAGAGGGCCUUUUGCAAUACGGAUCACCUAUAAACUGGCCAUUCAUGAAUGUCCUUCUGUAUUAUUGGAAACAAUGGCUAGUGUUGGUGCAUUGAUAGAGAGGCUAAACGAUCUAAUAAAGUGUCUGCAAAAUUGUAAAGAAAAAAGGUGCUGGAUGGAAAUAAGGAAUAUACAUAUAAGAGUUAAAAUCUAAAUCAUACUGUCCUUGCUUCGCAUUUGGACAACGACAUCACGACAACAUCAAAUAGAGAAAUCACUCGGGCCACAACAGCAUGCCGUUUCUCCUGCCUGUUGUUUUACAGUAGAGUAACUAAUUAUGUGAGAUUUGAGCAUUGUGCCAUUACUUCCCAUAUGAGUGAACACUGUGUUGGUGUGCAUGUGUGUGUUUGGGCAUGCUGCAUAUUGCUGUGUCCUGGUUUUCAUCUUGUUCCGGCUCAUGUUUCCCUGGACCCGCCCCUGUCCUACUUACUCCAGAAACCAGUGGAAGGGAGCGCAGAUUUGGAAAUAAAUGAUUGAGUGGUAGUUGGAUUAAAUAUUAGAAGUGAUUCAUCUUCCACAAACCUCUCUCUCUCUUUCUAUCUAUCUAUCAUAGAAGAUGCUAUGGAUGAUAUGUUUGUAUGUAGCUGUUUGUGUGCAUACAAGUGUGAGUCUGGUAGUCUAGUAAAUGUAUUCUAUAGGGUGCUACUUGUGUCUGUGCACAGCUGGGGAUCCUAAUCCUGCAAAUACAAACAUUUUACAAAAUCAUUUAAAAAAUAUCAAUGUCAUAUGGUAGCUAGGGGUCAUUGUCCCAUGGAAAAGCAAGUACACCCCCCCUCUAUUUUCACACUUCCUAUUACAAUAUGCCAGUCUUGUUGCCUCUUCAUCUCCAUUCAUCCCCUCUGCUUUAUCAGCGCAUCUUAGUCAUUAGUGUACUGCUGCAAUUGGGUGUGGUUCUAGUCACACUGUCACCAAAAUCAACUACUGUAUGAGUCAUAUCACAGCUGUCUCUCAGAGAAACACCAGAGAAAUUGAAACUAUGAAUCAGGUUCAGCAAUUCAAGACAAAAAGAAAAAGCGAAAAUGUGUAGCUCAGAACAAAAAACAUGAUCUGGAGGUUUGGUACUGAGUAAAGAAGGAAACGUGCAAAAGGAGUAGGUUGCCCCCUUGUGCCGAGAUAAGCUCUACUCCACACAUAAACAGCACUAUGACAUCAGUAUCUCGUCACAUGAAGCAGGAUGCAGUGUGCGGACCGCAAGAGUGGGGGUGGUCCCCAGAGCCCUGGCCCAGAGAGUGGGCAGAGACAGUGGGUUGGGCAUGGCUGAAUGCAAAGGUCAGGCUCGCUGUGGGGCUGUGGGGGGUGGAAAGAGAAGCAAGCACUGCUGUUAAAGCGAAUCUGCUGCUGCAGUGCUACAUUAUCAAUGCAUGAGCAGCCCAACAGCCACUGUGGACAGCCUGGUGUGGUAUAUAUGCAUACAAGCAUUGUGUGUGUGUGUGUGUGUGUGUGUGUGUGUGUGUGUGUGUGUGUGUGUGUGUGUAUGUGUUUUGCUCCUCUCACAAUCUGAUCCAAUUCGUUCAGUGAGAUGAAAAAGGCUACAUGAAAGUGAACUGUAUCAGAUAUAAAUCUAGAGGUGGGUAGGACAUCCAGCAGCGCAAUUCUUUAUACUAUCCGGUGCCUUUUUAAAAAUAACCCCAUAUGCUUCGGCAUUAGUGAGGGUGUGGGUGUGUGUUUGUGCAUGCAUGCAUCAUGUCUGUGCCUGAGAUGGCGUUGCUAUGGAGACAAGAGAGCUGUGCAGAAGGAGAGAGGAGGAAAGGAGGGAGAGACUCGCCUUGGAGCAUGUUCAGAUAGCACCCUUCCCCCAUCUACACUCACACAUAUGAACAGCACAGUACACGCCCUUAUAACACACACUUACUCACAAGCACACACACAGUUGAUGGCUAUGUAAAGGGCUAUCAUUAAAUUCUUAGUAUGGAGGAGAUACAGAAGCUAAUUUGGCGACUAUAUGUGGUGGUUGGCCUUUAAUAAUGCAUUGAACAUGCCUAAAACACGGCUGUUCAUUGCUUCCGCCCAAGCCACCCUCCCUUCACCUAUACUGCUCCCUCUGCCCCUUUGAUCACACUGCUCUUGAUGCUGCCUACUGUUUCUCCUUUUAACUUUAUGACGUGAUAGGUAACCCACAGAUAGAGACGCAGGUUAACAGGCACACAUCUAUCCAACCACUAGAUUUAUUAUGCACAGCUCCCUGUGUUCAGGGACUAAAUACUGUGUGUUUUUCUGAACCACAGUUUAUUCACUUUAUAUUAUUCAGAAUUAACAUAUCCUCAGGAAAUGUGACUUUCAUCAAUGGAUACAGAGUUCAUAAAUAAAAACUGAAACACUGUGUCAUGAGUACUUGGUUGUUUUAAUCAACUAAAACUUAAUCAACUAAAGCAACAUGUCUCUUUGUGAAGGCUGUGUGUUUGAAAAUGGUGAUUAAUUGUUUCUGUAUUAGUGCAGAGCUAUUAAUGGAUUAAUUGACCCUUCUGCAGAUGCUAGAGGAGCUGUAUGUGGCAUUGAAAGAGGAGCUGAUGUGUUCUCAUCAUCUUUUAUUGACUUUAUUCACAAUCUUUGUUUCCUCCACAUGGCCUAGUGGGCAUGCUCAGUAACAGGCCCUGACAUUGCUCUCAGGUUGGGUUCAGUACAGUCUCUGAUAUCGUUCAUUCUGUAUGCAGGCAAUGCGGUGCAGUAGGUUUACUUGUAGAUUGUAAAUGGAUACACUCUGGUGUCUGUUAAUUAAUUCUUGGAAGAGUGUGACUGGUAUAGUUCACAGCAGUGUCAGCAGGCCACGAAGCAGAAUCCCUGGAAUAAUAAAGACAGAUUAUCUUUAUAGUGCUGAGUAAACUGCAGCAUCAGUGGUCAAUGUGUGUCAUGUAUUUUAUGAGUAAAAUAAUCCAGACUGAAGGCCUGUAAGGCUGGCACAGUAUAGACAGUGACCUACAAAUAAACUAUGAAUCAUUGAAUUUCAUCAUGAUCUGUCUGUGUCUGAUGGGCCAGGCACUCUUUGUGUGUUCACUUGUGUGUAUGUAAAUAAGCAGAAUGUGCAACAUACUCAGUAGCUGUGUAUACAGAACAUACUUUUUCCAUUGCCAUACAUUAGUAAAAUUGGGCAAACAGGUCAUCUUUUGUGAGCCAAUAUGAUUAUUGCUUUUUUGGGUUAACGGAUGACUGCAGCUCAGUGCGUGAUAGUUAUUAAUAUUUGCAAAUCAAAUCAUGUUUCCUACAGAAUAGAAAUAGGACAGGAGUUUCUGAACCCAGGGCUUAAUCCUGGGAUUACAAAUGGGGGAAUGUUCAUAAGCUCAUGACUACCGUCUCUGUGGAAAUGUGAAGAAACAGUAAAAUACACCGAAAUACACCACGGAUCUGCAUGCAGCAGAACAAAGGGUUCGAAUUAACUUUAUGCAAUACCCUCAAGGCUGACAAAAAAACAAAGACAAAAUUAGAAGGGAGUGAUCUGAAUGUAGUAAGAAGAUGUAUAACUUAUUUCUACUACUUCACAUUUUUGGCAAUUGUUCAGUCUUCUAUUGCAGUUUUGCAAAUGCACCAUUUGGUAUCAUUGGAGUUGCACUUAUUUGUUAUAUAUAACCAUUUUGCAAUUCAGAAAUUGCUUACAGUGCAGCAUGCCCAAAUACAUGGCUGGAUGAUUUCUGGUAGCCAUGGAUGCCCAACGUCAUAAUUUCACCAAAAGUGACAGUGAACAGGUGUGUGUGUGCGUAUGUGUGUGUGUGUGUGUGUGUGUGUGUGUGUCUGAAGGCUAUACCAUGUUUCAAUAUAUGAAAGAUAGUUCUGACACAUUCAGCACACAUCAGGACAGGCAAAGCAGGCAUUAUAUAAGACAUUCUCUGAUUUGCUGUCCAUGGUGCUGAAAUGCAAUUUCGAUUGCUCUUAUUUGAGUUAGGAUAUUCAGCAGCACAUGGAAUGAUAUCAAUAGUGUAUGGUGUGACGUAAUGGCUGCUGAAAUGGCUGCAGCAUUAGGCCUUCAUCUUUCACUGAUCUCUGCAUGUUGUCUAUUUCACCACGUGGCGCCGCUGUUGAUCCAUCAGAGACAGCUCUACUCUCUGAAACAACGAGGCCACUCCCGUUUCCAGGCGAUUGGGACAUUUCUUCAGUCUUUGUUACAGAGGGAGGACGGUGGAACAAACACCGAAUUUUCCAAUCAAAUUCUAAGCUCACCUCGGUGGAUAUCUUCCAUACUGCCUGGGAUAUCUGAUCCUGACUUGAAGUCAUAUUCAUGCUUUGUUCAUAUUGGACAGAAAUAUGUCUUCGCCUUGUAGAUAUUUCGGGAUAUGUCUCGGGCUCUUUCUACUGGAAUUUAACUGGGAAACAGUAUCUGGGCAGCUCUCUUAUUCCGUCUCAGAGGAGGUAAACCCGGGAACUCCGAUUGGAAAUAUCGCUAAGGACCUAAACAUUAAUUCACAGGACUUGGAAUCACGUAUGUUUCAAAUUGUUACUGGAUCAAAGAGAAAAUUAUUCGAGGUAAAUCUAAAGACUGGUGUUCUGUAUGUCAGUGAGAGAAUAGACAGAGAGGAGCUUUGCGCGGAGGAAUUGAAAUGCUUAGUAAGUGUGGAAGCCGUCAUAAAUAACCCUUUAAAACUGUACCGUAUUGACGUAGACAUUUUGGAUGUAAAUGACAAUGCCCCAUUGUUUACGACCAAAUUGCAAAAUCUGUACAUCGCAGAGAAUACGUUACCAGGGGUGAAAUUCGCAUUAUCUGAAGCAAAUGAUGUAGAUGUGGGGAGAAACGGAGUCAGCACUUACAAAUUAAGCCAAAAUGCACAUUUCUCUUUGGCUGUGCACAAAGCAGGUGACAGUGUGUCUGCUGAGUUAGUGCUGCAGAAAGCUUUAGACCGAGAGAAGCAGCCUGUGAUCAGCAUGACACUGACCGCUGUAGACGGAGGGAGUCCUCCGAAAUCAGGCACCUCACAGCUCGUUAUUAAUGUUUUAGACAUUAACGAUAACAUCCCGAUAUUCAGCGAAACAUUGUACAAAACAAAAAUUCCAGAAAACACGCCAUUGGGCACAAUAGUAAUCGCUGUGAACGCCACCGAUGCAGACGAGGGCCUCAACAGUGAGAUUGUGUAUUCACUGAGAAGCAAAGAUCAAGAUCACGUGCUUGAUAUCUUUGAAAUCGAAAGUCAAACGGGAGUCGUCAAGGUAAAAGGCAACAUAGACUUUGAAGAAAAGAAGGCUUUUGAGAUACGUGUAGAGGCCAGUGAUAAAGGGCAGCCUCCGAUGUCUGCUCAUUGUAAAGUGCUGGUGGAAGUGGUGGACGUAAACGACAAUGCUCCUGAGAUCACUGUGACGUCACUACACACCACAGUGAAAGAGGACGCUACUCCAGGCACCGUGGUUGCUCUAGUGUCAGUCCUCGAUGAGGAUGGUGGGAAAAACGGUGACGUGAACAUUCAAAUAACAAAUGAGGUUCCACUCAAACUCGAAUCAAACUAUAAAAAUUAUUAUUCUUUGUUAGUUGACGGACCACUGGACAGAGAGAGUGUCUCUAACUACAACGUCACCAUAGUCGCCACCGAUAAAGGAACCCCGUCGCUCUCCAGCACGAGUGUACUUUCUAUACACAUUUCUGAUGUAAAUGAUAAUCCACCUCAGUUCCCAGAGCAGCUAAUUUAUGUAUACCUGAGGGAGAACAGCCCAGUGGGAGAAAUUAUUAAAACAGUAACUGCCACUGAUGCUGACGUAGACCAGAACAGUCGGGUGAGCUAUUCGUUUUUACAAAGUAACCCAUCAUCCACAAUGGUAAACAUCAACUCAGAGACUGGAGACAUAGUCAGUCUGCA